AUGGGUUCAGGUAAGAAACAGUUUAUAAAGUAACGACUAGACUAACAUGUUCAUACCCCUCUAGGAUUAAAGAUAUAUCACAUUGAUUUGCCUUAUGUGGACAAAUUUACAGAAUGUCCCUUCCAUCUCUCUCUAUCUCUCUCUCUCUCUCUCUCAGGUGAUGAGCUGCCCUGUGACAUGAGAAUUCCCUCUGACAAGCAGGACAAGCUGCACGGCUGUUUGGAGCACCUUUUCAACCAGGUGCACCAUCUUUACCAUUACAUGAUCUUUUCCACAAUACUACCUUUACCAUUACCUCUGUACAGUCAGUAUCAAUGGCGUUGUCAAUCUGUUCACUCUGUUUUGUAUGCCAUGCUUUUGUUAAUAAACUGUUAAGAUACUGUUCUGCACUAAUAUUAUACACGCACACCUUUUCCAUUAGCCCUCAGAAACAUUUGGCACAGAUCAUGUUAAUAGUAAUCAGUCUAGUAUACAUCUGUAGUGCAUUACCUUGUUUUGCUAUCUCUCCAUUCUCCUCUCUUUGUCAUCAUGUCUUUCUCACUCUUUCUCUCUACACACAAUCACACACACACACACAGACGUGUGUCCCUCCUUGCAUCUCCUCUUACCGACAUCACAUGCCCUUUGACCUCUCCCAUACUCCCCAAGGGACACCACCAUUUUGUCUUCCGUCGAUUUCCUGGGUCCUAGUUUCCUGUUGUUGCUGUUGUUGACAGACUGAGGCCAGUCUCUGUGUGUUGAGGUCUGACUGGUUGUGACUGUCAUCUGCAGGUGGACUCCAUCAACAGCCUGCUCAAAGGGCCCAUCAUGACCAAGGCCUGCGAGGAAACCAAGCACUUUCACCCCGACCACACUAAGCCAGGUACCAGCUACAUUUAGUGUGUGUGAGUGUAAGACAUGUCUGAGUGUAUGUUUGUUUAGAGAGAGAGACAUGUUAGGGUAUCACUGAGAAUGUGUGUGUAUAGAUGUGUGAAGUGUUAUACUGAAGAAUUCUCAUAGCAUUUAUAUUGGUAAUUAACUAAAUAAUUGACACCCCCUGUUUUCGGAGCAGAGUUCCGUCACACUGAGGACUGGACGGUGCGCUGUCACAACAUCAUCAACAAGAACAUCCAGGAGGACCCUUGGAACCUGCCCAGCUCUAUUAUGACUCUGGUGGAGAGCCUGCAACGAUUUGUGGACGGUCAGUAAAACAAAAACACACAUGUGUAACAAAUGCACACACCGCAGAAACCCACGUGGAACACACCCAUCACGCAAACACACACACACAAACACACACAAACACACACAGACACAGCAGAAACACAUGUGUAUCACUCAGGUAAUAAAAUCCUCCUUGUUCUGUAGAUGGGAAGAACCAGCUGCUUCUGGCCCUGCUCAAAUGUACAGGUAAGCCUUAUGUCAGAUCUGUCUGUCUCUCUCUCUCUGUUUGUGUGUGUGAGAGAGAGAGAGAGCUCCUUUGAAGUGUGCCUUGCCAUAUGGCAGUUGUUAAUGGCCCUGUCCUUAUGAAUGAGCCACCCUAAUUGAGCAGAUUGUAAACCCCCGGGCUGUGUUUGAUUAGAGUUUACACACCACUCUGAGGUGGAAGGUUAGAAAAGACUUGGCUUUAUCCAGGUUGAUUAGAUGAUUGAUUGAUUCUCUUACUUCUCUGAGGGACCGGACAGAGGCAGUAUUUCUGUCAGUGUGUUGGGUUGAGAGUAAUAACGGUUGUCAAAAUCCUGUCAACCGUCCGUCUCAUGUGCCCUCUUUCACUCCUUCUUUUACCCUCCCCUCCUCUCUAUCAUUGUCUAUCACUCUAUCAUAUCCUCUUUCUUUCUCAAUUACCCCCUCCCUUACCUCUCUUUCUCCAACCUAUCUCCCACCUCUUUCCAUUAUACUCCUCUCCUCUCUCUCUCAACCCCACCCCUCCCCCUGUCUAAUUACUUGUAUAGUCCCCUUCCUUCCAUAUGGUUUGUAUGUUGCUGUUUUUUAAAUGUCCUGUGAAGAGUUUAUAUGAAGCAAAGCUAAUUUCUGUGAAAACAGACACUAAACAGACAAUUAUUUCCCCCUCCCUCCCCCUCUCUCCCACUCCCCUCGGCCCCAGAUACGGCUCUGCAGCUGCAGCGGGACGUGAUCUUCUGCCAGAGUGCGGCGGGCGCUGUGUGCACGCUGGCCGAGCAGCUCCUGGCGGCGCUGCGGGCGCGCUUCAACAACGCUGGCGAGUACGAGGAAGACUGCAAGGACACAAGCCGAAAGUGGCUGGAGCAGGCGGCUGCCAUCGGCGUGCUGCUCAACUUCCAGGCAACGCUGGCGCCCCACGUGGUAAGAGCCAGUACUGUGGAGAAAGAAUAUCCAGAUACUGUGAAGAAUAGCCAAAUACUGUUAGAAAUAACCGAAUACUGUAAAAGAACAAGCGUCAGAAUGAAGAGAUGCUGAUUAACAGAAGACUUUAAACAUUACUGCUGUGUUAUUUAUUUCCCUUUCGCCUAUCAGCAGACCUGACUCAAAUACUUGACUUGAGCUUGACCAAUAAUAUGGAACCCAUUUCAUUUUUAUAUAACCUUUUGGUAGCACUUUAUAACAACUCCAUGUAAUAAAGCAUUUAUAUUGGAUUAGUAAAUAGUUUAUUCAUCAUGCAUUAAUCAUUACUCCCACAUUUAUAAAUGUAUGUAACCUAGUUAGUCACACACUUAUAAACAACUUUUAACGUAUUUAAUAAUGAUUCCUAAGACCAUUCAUUAGAUGUUUAAUAUAGGUCCUUAUAAACCAUUUACUAAUCAUUAGUUAAUUGUUUUUGCUUGGCCUCAUCUAAACUGUGGGCUAUUUAUAUUUUAUAUACAUUUCUACCUCAAUCACAUACACUUAGCUCAGCUGGUAGAGCACGGCACUUGUAACGCCAAGGUAGUGGGUUUGAUCCCCGGGACCACCCAUACACAAAAAUGUAUGCACGCAUGACUGUAAGUCGCUUUGGAUAAAAGCGUCUGCUAAAUGGCAUAUUAUUAUUAUUAUUAUUAUUAUUAUUAUUAUUAUUAUUACUAUAUAUACAAAAGUAUUUCAGCCACACCCGUUGACGACAGGUGUAUAAAAUCAAGCACACCGCCAGGCAAUCUCCAUAGACAAAUAUUGGCAGUAGAAUGGCCUUACUGAAGAGCUCAGUGACUUUCAACAUGGCACCGUCAUAGGAUGCCACCUUUCCAACAAGUCAGUUUGUAAAAUGUCUGCCCUGCUAGAGCUGCCCCGGUCAACUGAAAGGGCUGUUAUUGUGUAGUGGAAAUGUCUAGGAGCAUCAGCGGCUCAGCCGUGAAUUGGUGGGCCACAUAAACUCACAGAACCGGACCGCCGAGUGCUGAAGCCCGUAAAAAAUGUCUGUCCUCGGUUGCAACACUCACUACCAAGUUCCAAACUGCCUCUGGAAGCAACUUCAGCACAAUAACUGUUUGUCUGAGCUUAAUGAAAUGGGUUUCCAUGACUGAGCAGCCGCACGCAAACCUAAGAUCACCAUGUACAAUGCCAAGCGUCGGCUGGAGUGGUGUAGUCCCCUGUAGCUCAGUUGGUAGAGCAUGGUACUUGCAACGCCAGGGUUGUGGGUUCGUUUCCCACGGGGGGCCAGUAUGAAAAUGUAUGCACUCACUAACUGUAAGUCGCUCUGGAUAAGAGCGUCUGCUAAAUGACUAAAAUGUCAAAAUGUGUAAAGCUCGCCGCCAUUGGACUGGAGCAGUGGAAAUGUGUUCUUUGGAGUGAUUAGUCACGCUUCACUAUCUGGCAGUCCAAUGGAAAAAUCUGGGUUUGGCGGAUGCCAGGAGAACGCUACCUGCCCGAAUGCAUAGUGCCAACUGUAAAGUUUGGUGGAGGAGGAAUAAUGGUCUGGGGCUGUUUUUCAUGGUUCGGUCGAGGCCCCUUAGUUCCAGUGAAGAUAAAUCGUAAUGCUACAGCAUACAAUGACAUUCUAGAUGAUUCUGUGCUUCCAACUUUGUGGCAACAGUUUGGGGAAGGCCCUUUCCUGUUUCAGCAUGACAAUGCCCCCGUGCAGAAAGCGAGGUCCAUACAGAAAUUGUUUGUCGAGAUCGGUGUGGAAGAACUUGACUGGCCUGCACAGAGCCCUGACCUCAACCCCAACGAACAUCUUUGGGAUGAAUUGGAACGCUGACUGCGAGCCAGGCCUAAUCGCCCAACAUCAGUGCCCGACCUCACUAAUGCUCUUGUAGCUGAAUGGAAGCAAGUCCCCGCAGCAAUGUUCCAACAUCUACUGAGAUGUUCGAUGAGCAGGUUUCCACAGUAGUUAUAGUAGUAAUGAAGGAAUAAAAAUCCACUAGAGAAAAACUGUCCGGUCCGGCCAGCUGUUGUGUGUCUGCUACAUCUCCCUGAGUUAUGAUUGGUUUGCGUUUGCGAGGUUAACAACAUUAGCAAAACAUUCACAGUACAACUCUUUUUCAAGUUCUUGCAACAGUUUUUUCACAACAAUAAAAUGUGAAUAAAAUGUUAAAUAUAUUUCCUUUAACAUUCUGUGUUGUGUGCUUAUUCAGUUACCAUUGAUAUGUUCUAGAAUAUUUUUAUGAAUUGAGUAAUGGUUAAUAAAUUAUGAAUAAACGAUUUACUAAUCCAUUAUAAAUGCUUUAUUACAUGGAGUUAUUAGAAAGUGCUACCACAUUUUUAUUACCAGAUUGUUCCACUGAUGUCAAACGACCUCUCUCUUUCAAGGAAUACCUGGCUAGGCAGCUCCAGUAAAAACAUACACAAAAGAGUAAAGACAUACAUAAAAAACACAAUUCAAAACACAAAUACAGCAAAGUAACAUAGGCAUAUGACCACCAUGUAGAAAUGUUUAGCCAUCUAGUAACCAUCAAUAGAAUAGUGUAAGGGUGUACUUAUAAUGUCUCUGUACUGUUUUGAUCCAGAAAGAAGGGUGCCAUUGGCACACAGCUGUCUCCAUUGACCACUAGGCUAAAACAGUAAGCCCUGGGCCCAUAUGUGACCGAUCAGUUCGAUUCGGUCUUAUGUAGCAAAAUUUGAAAUUGUGGUUUUUACAUUGGAUAAAAGUAGAGCUAGAAAAUGGGGAAGUAAUUCUGCGUUUGGAAGUCGAUAAACUUUUGAGAAAAUGGCCCUUGAAUGUUUUGGUACACCUAUUGAAGAUCUCUUCUUUGUCUACACCCAUUCAGCGUUGUUCACACAGUCUUAAGCCUUAGCCCCACCCAUCUCUUUAACGAUUCACGUGUGAGGCCCGGGCCCCGACGUCGUGGAUGUCGAUUAAGAGGGGUUGGGUUAAAUGCGGAAAACACAUUUCAGUUGAAUGCAUUCAGUUGGACAAUUGACUAGGUAUCUCCCUUUCCCUUCCCAUGUGCUAAACAGAGUGAGUACGGUAAUGCACUAAACAACCAAAGAUUUCAAGAUUAAAGGCUGGUUUAUACUACCUCUAUCGAUGUCUGUAGACAGUUGUCGCAGUGACAUCAUGAACAUUGUCGUCCGACAUCAAACUUGUAGUCGUUAUGAAAAAGUAUAAACACAAAAAAGACAGGCUGCAUGACAUCCACAGCCUGGUGGUCCAAAAUAGCAUAGCUGGUGUAUUUUAACACCAAUAAACCCAUCCGUUUAAAAAUGAAUUUAGUAUAGGUCAAUCUAGCAAACCAGACAACUAAAAGCACAUUUCUAAACAAUGUUUUGGUUUGUUUCUAGUUUGUUAGCUUCAGCAUUUUUUCUCUCUCAUUAUUACAGGAAGAUAAACUCGCAACAAAUCAUUAUUUACAAGUUAAUGACGAGCUAAUUACAGAAAAUAGCUUAUGGUUGUGAGUGUGAUGAAAUAAAAGCAGGGCAUUCUACCGGAGAAUUUUAGAACUUGGACACUGCCUCGUUGGCCUAACGUUAUAUCCUAAUUUGACUUUGGUGCAGGUCAUGUAGUUCUUCACAUUACCAUCUCUGGUAAACACACACUAUAUCAAAUAAAAUCUAAGUUUAUUUGUCAAAUGCACUGGAUACAGAAGGUGUAAACGGUACAGUGAAAUGGUUACUUGCAUUGUGGAGUAUUUUGUUUAGACAUGUAGCUAGCUAGCUAAACAAUGAACCAUAAUCCCAACUCAUAAUGUUACUACCAUGCAUGUUCAAUGUUAGCUAGCUAGCUAACUUUAGGCUAUAACUAGCAAUUCAAAUGGCUUUCGGAGAUACUAAUGUUAUUACUUCACAGAUCAUACACGUAAAGUUAGCUGGCAAGCCAGCCAGCUAACGUUAGCUACCUAGCAAUGAAAAUGACUUUCUGACUAAAUUAGAAACGUAUAACAUCUGAAAAUGAAGCUAGCUAGACUAUCUUACUUCUAUACAUGGAUGAACACUGCAUUGUCUAGUUCAAUGAAAAUGUUUUUACCUAAAUCAGGGAUUUCCAUAUCUUCUGAUUUAUUUUCAGAGUCGGAGAGAGUCAGCAUGGCACGAUCGUCCUCCAGAAAGUGGAGAGCAUUAGCAACACUUUUGUAGUUCUUUGUGAUUUCUUUAAAAAAUCAGUGUUAGAAAGGAUUACCUACACAUACUGAGCAGCUCAUGUUAUAGACAGAAGCAUGCUACAUGGCAGCCCAAUCAGAACUCAUGUCUCGGCAUCCAUUAUCUCAGCCAAUCAUGGCUAGCAGGAAGGUUCCUGUCUUUUUUUCCCGACCAACUAUGCUCGUAAUUUAACAAUUUUAUUUGUAUUUAUAGAUGGCAUACAAGUUUGUUAUUAAGGCACAUGAAAGUGCCAGAAGGCAUUUCUGCCAAAAAACACAUUUUGAUAUGUGCCUCUCCUCUGAAGGAGUGACGUGCAACAUACGCCUAGUUUCCUGAAAUGAGUCACAUAUUCAGUAAGAGUCUCAGAAUAUGAGUGCCUAUCUAGGAUCAGGUCCCUCCUGUCCAUAUAAUCUUAUACAUUUUGAUCUAAAAGGCUAAACUGAUUCUAGAUCAGUACUCCUACUCUGAGACGCUUUCUGAAUAUGGUCACUGGCCUGUUAGCUUAGCUUUGUGUCUUCUCUCUGCUGUGUAGAAGGAGGAGAGGACAAUGCUGGAGGAUACACAGGCGGCCCUGUUGGACCUGGACAAAGUCACAGUGUUCUUCCGCCAGCUGGAGGAUGAAUGCCUGGUCGCAAGUAAGUAGACCCUUUCCCAUAGCAACAACAUCAUUUUGCAAUGGUGGCCAGUUUAAAGACUGAGUUGUGAGUUGUAUUUACGCAUGGUGGAGGAAGACCCACAUGGACACAUGCACACAUACACAUGCACACACGCAAACACAAAACACCUCAGUCAAACCAGCCUUAGUAAAAAAGACUUGUACAUCCCCAAUCUGUCCAUUUUCACUAACUGUAAGAUGGUUAGCCGAGAUUGCUGCGUUAAGCAAGCACAUCAGAUGCAUUUCCCAUUUAGGGGGAGAAAGCCACGGAUAAAAUGGGGAUGUACUAUUCUAGGUUACUACUCAGCAGUAAGCAUAACACACACAAUACAAAAAUUUUUAAAAACCUGUUUAAAUCACUUUUUGGAAAAUGGGCCCACUUUAGCAGUAUGGCGAGGUCUAACUAACUAGCACCAGCACAACGCAGUGGCUGUUGCUUAGGCGGACAGUUUGUGGAGGCUGUACUUUGAGGGAAAAAAGUAUUUGAUCCCCUGCUGAUUUUGUACGUUUGCCCACUGACAAAGACAUGAUCAGUCUAUAAUUUUAAUGGUAGGUUUAUUUGAACAGUGAGAGACAGAAUAACAACAAAUAAAUCCAGAAAAACGCAUGUCAAAAAUGUUAUAAAUUGAUUUGCAUUUUAAUGAGGGAAAUAAGUAUUUGACCCCUCUGCAAAACAUGACUUAGUACUUGGUGGCAAAACCCUUGUUGGCAAUCACAGAGGUCAGACGUUUCUUGUAGUUGGCCACCAGGUUUGCACACAUCUCAGGAGGGAUUUUGUCCCACUCCUCUUUGCAGAUCUUCUCCAAGUCAUUAAGGUUUCGAGGCUGACGUUUGGCAACUCGAACCUUCAGCUCUCUCCACAGAUUUUCUAUGGGAUUAAGGUCUGGAGACUGGCUAGCCCACUCCAGGACCUUAAUGUGCUUCUUCUUGAGCCACUCCUUUGUUGCCUUGGCCGUGUGUUUUGGGUUAUUGUCAUGCUGGAAUACCCAUACGACCCAUUGUCAAUGCCCUGGCCGUCAAGAUUUGACGGUACAUGGCCCUGUCCAUCGUCCCUUUGAUGCGGUGAAGUUGUCCUGUUCCCUUAGCAGAAAAACACCCCCAAAGCAUAAUGUUUCCACCUCCAUGUUUGACGGUGGGGAUGGUGUUCUUGGGGUCAUAGGCAGCAUUCCUCCUCCUCCAAACACGGCGAGUUGAGUUGAUGCCAAAGAGCUCCAUUUUGGUCUCAUCUGACCACAACACUUUUACCCAGUUCUCCUCUGAAUCAUUCAGAUGUUCAUUGGCAAAUUUCAGACGGGCAUGUAUAUGUGCAUUCUUGAGCAGGGGGACCUUGCGGGCGCUACAGGAUUUCAGUCCUUCACGGCGUAGUGUGUUACCAAUUGUUUUCUUGGUGACUAUGGUCCCAGCUGCCUUAAGAUCAUUGACAAGAUCCUCCCGUGUAGUUCUGGGCUGAUUCCUCACCGUUCUCAUGAUCAUUGCAACUCCACGAGGUGAGAUCUUGCAUGGAGCCCCAGGCCGAGGGAGAUUGACAGUUAUUUUGUGUUUCUUCCAUUUGCGAAUAAUCGCACCAACUGUUGUCACCUUCUCACCAAGCUACUUGGCGAUGGUCUUGUAGCCCAUUCCAGCCUUGUGUAGGUCUACAAUCUUGUCCCUGACAUCCUUGGAGAGCUCCUUGGUCUUGGCCAUGGUGGAGAGUUUGGAAUCUGAUUGAUUGCUUCUGUGGACAGGUCUUUUAUACAGGUAACAAGCUGAGAUUAGGAGCACUCCCUUUAAGGGUGUGCUCCUAAUCUCAGCUCGUUACCUGUAUAAAAGACACCUGGGAGCCAGAAAUCUUUCUGAUUGAGAGGGGGUCAAAUACUUAUUUCCCUCGUUAAAAUGCAAAUCAAUUUAUAACAUUUUUGACAUGCGUUUUUCUGGAUUUUUGUUUUGUUAUUCUGUCUCUCACUGUUCAAAUAAACCUACCAUUAAAAUUAUAGACUGAUCAUUUCUUUGUCAGUGGGCAAACGUACAAAAUCAGCAGGGGAUCCAAAACUUUUUUCCCUCACUGUAAGCUCAUCUGACAGUAUUAAUUUGAUAAAAAUCAGUUCAGUAACCCCCCUGAACUCUAGGUUUAGUAGAGCCAUGUGUAAGCAUUAUGGAGGCGGAGGGUUCCAGGAAGGUCUAAAACAUCACAGCCAAUCCCAAAGGAUUGCGGGUGGAUGGUCUUCAGAAGGAGGUCUGCUAACCUCACAGGGGUUGUGUUGUUCCCAGGGUUCCCACAGGGGGCGGAAUGAUUAAAUGAUAAAUUAAUCUGUUGCAGAGUUUACUACACUGAAUACCGAUAUUGUCAUUUGCAACAUAGUAUAUGUAACAUUGUAAUAGCUAUGAACAAGUUUAAACUGGAAGUAACCAAUCAUGCUGUAUUUGAGGAAAAUGUACUUACUAUGACUGUGAUAUGUGGUUUUCUCACCUAGCUAUCUUAAGAUGGAUACUCUAACUGUAAGUUGCACUGAAUAAGAGUGUCUGCUAAAUGACUAAAAUGUAAAUGUAAUGCCAAUAAGGACAAUCAGUAAGCCAAUGGGUAAUUGAAGGGAAAAUCCACCAUAACUAACCUCCCCUUCGGGUCAAAGGUGAAAGCUCAGCGGGUUUCUGUGGCAUACUACGGGUGGGUGUUGCUAUGGUGAUCAAUGAGCUAAGAUAAGGCGGGGAUUUGCCUAGCAGUGAUUUAUAGAUGGCCUGGAGCCAGUGGGUUUGGCGACGAAUAUGUAGUGAGGACCAACCAACAAGAGCGUACAGGUCACAAUGAUGGGUAGCAUAUGGGGCUUUGGUGACAAAACGGAUGGCACUGUGAUAGACUACAUCCAAUUUGCUGAGUAGAGUGUUGGAGGCUAUUUUGUAAAUGACAUCGCCGAAGUCAAGGAUCGGUAGGAUAGUCAGUUUAACGAGGGCAUGUUUGGCAGCAUGAGUGAAGGAGGCUUUGUUGCGAAAUAGGAAGCCGAUUCUAGAUUUAACUUUGGAUUGGAGAUGCUUAAUGUGAGUCUGGAAGGCGAGUUUACGGUCUAACCAGACACCUAGGUAUUUGUAGUUGUCCACAAGUUCUAAGUCAGACCCGCCGAGAGUAGUGAUUCUAGUCGGGUGGGCGGGUGCAAGCAGCGUUCGAUUAAAGAGCAUGCAUUUAGUUGUACUAGUGUUUAAGAGCAGUUGGAGGCUACGGAAGGAGUGUUGUAUGGCAUUGAAGCUCGUUUGGAAGUUUGUUAACAGUGUCCAAUGAAGGGCCAGAUGUAUACAAAAUGGUGUCGUCUGCGUAGAGGUGGAUCUGAGAGUCACCAGCAGCAAGAGCGACAUCAUUGAUAUACACAGAGAAUAGAGUCGGCCUGAGAAUUGAACCCUGUGGCACCCCCAUAGAGACUGCCAGAGUUCCAGACAACAGGCCCUCCGAUUUGACACAUUGAACUCUAUCGGAGAAGUAGUUGGUGAACCAGGCAAGGCAGUCAUUUGAGAAACCAAGGCUAUUUAGUCUGCCAAUAAGAAUGUGGUGAUUGACAGAGUGUGUGUGUGUGUGUGUGUGUGUGUUUUGUUUUCCCCAGACACGCCAGUGUGUUACCACGUAGAGGGCAGCCGGCAGGCCCUAAGGGUCACCCUGUACCUGGACAGCUGCCACUUCAGUGAGCUCCCCAAACGCCUGCAGAAAGGGGGCAGCCUCAAACUGCACACUGUGCUCUUUACCAGGGGUGAGUAGAAACAGAACAGUCCGCUAGUCUACCAUGUUGCUGAACUCAGUUGAGUCGAGUCGUCAUCAAAUCAAAGUUAGCUGAAUUCAAUUGAGUUGAUUCGAAUUAUCAUCAAAUCAAAUUUAGCUGAAUUCAUUUGAGUCCAGGCGGUGGUCAUCAAAUCCUCACUGAAUCACAGUUUGAUUAAUUGAAUUGAAUUGGAUGGAGUCGAGUCAAAUCAAAUGGCAUUGGAUUGAAUUUGAUGAAAUGCACUAGAGGCACGUUCAGGAAAUAUGUUGCAGGUUUAUAGAUACACAGAUCUUCACAAUGCAGAGGUAUAAAACCUAUCAAUUUGCUAUAAUCUUGAAUAUGCACACAGUUUUACAGAGAUGGUAGAAAUGAGAUGUAUAAAACAAUGUCUUCAUCCAUUCACCUGUAACAUUAGCCUGGAUAAGUCAUGCCAGGCACCCUAUUCCCUAUAUAGUACAUUCCUUUUCUGCACUAAAUAGGAACGUACUAUAUAGGGAAUAGGGUGCCUACACUGACCAUGGCUGCGUCCCAAAUGGCUCCCUAUUUCCUAUUUAGUGCCCAAAAUGAAUGUACUAUUUAGGGAAUGGGACCAUUUGGGAUGCAGCCCAUAUAUCUAUAAUAAUCAAGUUCAACAGAAUCUUUUACUCAGUAUCUCUAAAUCCCUUUCUCCUUACUGAUUAGUUGCUUAAAUGUAAUGUUCUAGUGAAUAUGCAAGCGUGAAAGUGCCUAUAGUCACAAACAAAAUACUAAUUAUAGCGUAUUUCUUAUGUAAUUGCCAUUUACGGUGUCAUAACUACCAUUUGAAUAACGUACUAUGAAGUAUAACCGGGAAAUGUAUUCUGUGCCUACCUAUCUACUUCCUCAAUGCUAUUAUUUCACUGCAGUGUCCCUUCGACCUUUGUUGGGUCCAUAUAAAUGGCUGGAAUUAUGCUGGAUUCCCUGUGUUAGGGAACCAUUCAUUUUCCAUCCACAUGUGCCAACUGGGACAAUAACCCUACAGGGAGGCUCACAUUGUUCAGUAGCCGCAAAGCAGAAGCCUGAAAUGUAAUACUAUUCUGCAGUCGGAGACCCAGAGAACUAGGGCUAAAUUGGGUGUCGUCGCCACCUACAGGCCACUCGUAUUGAAUACAGUUUUGUGUUCUGUGGUCUUAUUCAGCUGUCAGACGGUAUAAACUUGUAACUUUUAGCCAUUUAUAAAAGAAUGUUAGCAAUGUGUCUGUCUGUCUAGGUGCGUGUAUGUACUGUAUAUUAAUGUGUCUUCCUAUCCCUGGUGUGUGUGUGUUUGUGUGUGUGUGUGUGUGUGCCCGUAUGCCUAUGUGCUUGUCUGCAUAUACUGCAUUUUUACUGUGUUAACGCUGUCCCUGGAUCAGCCCUGGAGAGGCCAGAGGGAGUGUCCCAGCAGGACUGUGUGUCCAUGGAAGAGUUCCAGCAACGCAUCAACGCCCUCUCACUGGAAAAGGUCAAAGCCUACUACCGAAAACUCAGGUAGCAACCCACGCACUUUAUAUUGUGUUAUACUGUAUGUAUUGUACUACCCAUUGUGUUGUACUUCCCACUUGCAUUAAGGGGUAUUCGUAUGCUGAUUAGUUUGACUACUGUAUUAGCUUUGGAAGGUAGCAUGGAUGACGUUUGUUGAUGUGAAGUUUUUACAGGAAAUAGAGAAAAUGUAUAAUAUCAAUGGAUUCAUUAAUUGUUCAAUAGCAGUCAUAUUGAAUGAUAACUUGAGAAAGGCGCUUAACCCUAAUUGCUCUAGGGUCGCAUUGAUAAUGGCAGACCCUUGCCGUGACCCCCUCUCCGAGGGUGUCUCGGGGAGAGUGAGAUAUGCAAAAAAUACAUUUCUAAUUCAUACAUGCGUAUUAAUACACACUUGUACAUGUGUGAAAUAGGACAAAUAUAAGAACCACAAUUGUUAUUAUUAUCAAUUAUUAUAACCCUUUAUUGUGUUCUUAAAGGGCUUUUUACCUGGAGAAGUCAAAUCUUCCCACCGACUCCAACACCACAGCUAUGAAGAUAGACCAGGUAAACAGAAAUCAAAACUACUCUUUGUUUACAAACAAGCUCUGGGGCAGUACUUUUGACCUGAAAGGAAGUUGGAGUACUUAUUUUAAGAGUCUUAACGUCUUCUGUCCCCCCUCUCCUACCCAGCUCCUCAGACCCCUCAACACCCUGGACGACCUAUGUCGUCUGAUGCAGUCGUAUGUCAACGUGCAUCCCAACGCCGCAGGCCACCCCUCUGGCGUCAGCGUCCUCUGUGUGUCCUCGGAGCUGUGCGACCGCCUGGGCGCCUGCCACAUCACCAUGUGUGCCACUGGCAUGCAAAGGUCUGUCGUAUGACAUUGAAACUGAUGUAAUAGUGCUGACAGUUAGCGUCAGCUGGAGCAAACCCUCAUGCACAUCUACAGUUGAAGUCGGAAGUUUACGUACACUUAGGUUGGAGUCAUUAAAACUCGUUUUUCAACCACUCCACACAUUUCUUGUUAACAAACUAUAGUUUUGGCAAGUCGGUUAGAACAUCUACUUUGUGCAUGACACAAGUAAUAUUUCCAACAAUUGUUUACAGACAGAUUAUUUCACUUAUAAUUCACUGUAUCACAAUUCCAGUGGGUCAGAAGUUUACAUACACUAAGUUGACUGUGCCUUUAAAUAGCUUGGAAAAUUCCAGAAAAUAAUGUCAUGGCUUUAGAAGCUUCUGAUAGGCUAAUUUACAUCAUUUGAGUCAAUUGGAGGUGUACCUGUGGGUGUAUUUCAAGGCCUACCUUCAAACUCAGUGCCUCUUUGCUUGACAUCAUGGGAAAAUUAAAAGAAAUCAGCCAAGACCUCAGGAAAGAAAUGGUAGACCUCCACAAGUCUGGUUCAUCCUUGGGAGCAAUUUCCAAACGCCUGAAGGUACCACAUUCAUCUGUACAAACAAUAGUAAGCAAGUAUAAACACCAUGGGACCACGCAGCCAUCAUACCGCUCAGGAAGGAGACACGUUCUGUCUCCUAAAGAUGUGGGACCACCCAUACGUAAAAAUUUAUGCACACAUGACUGUAAGUCGCUUUGGAUAAAAGCGUCUGCUAAAUGGCAUAUUAUUAUUAUAUAUUAUUAACGUACUUUGGUGCGAAAAGUGCAAAUCAAUCCCAGAACAACAGCAAAGGACCUUGUGAAGAUGCUGGAGGAAACAGGUACAAAAGUAUGUAUAUCCACUGUAAAACAAGUCCUAUAUCGACAUAACUUGAAAGGCCGCUCAGCAAGGAAGAAGCCACUGCUCCAAAACCGCCAUAAAAAAGCCAGACCACGGUUUGCAAUUGCACAUGUGGACAAAGAUCGUACCUUUUGGAGAAAUGUCCUCUGGUCUGAUGAAACAAAAAUAUAACUUUUUGGCCAUAAUGACCAUCGUUAUGUUUGGAGGAAAAAGGGGUGGCUUGCAAGCCGAAGAACACCAUCCCAACCGUGAAGCACGGGGGAUCAUGCUGUGGGGGUGCUUUUCUGCAGGAGGGACUGGUGCACUUCACAAAAUAGAUGGCAUCAUGAGGAAGGACAAUUAUGUGGAUAUAUUGAAGCAACAUCUCAAGACAUCAGUCAGGAAGUUAAAGCUUGGUCUUCCAAAUGGACAAUGACCCCAAGCAUACUUCCAAAGUUGUGGCAAAAUGGCUUAAGGACAACUAAGUCAAGGUAUUGGAGUGGCCAUCACAAAGCCCUGACCUCAAUCCUAUAGAAAAUGUGUGGGCAGAACUGAAAAAGCGUGUGCGAGCAAGGAGGCCUACAAACCUGACUCCGGUACACCAGCUCUGUCAGGAGGAAUCGGCCAAAAUUCACCCAACUUAUUGUGGGAAGCUUGUGGAAGGCAACCCGAAACGUUUGACCCAAGUAAAACAAUUUAAAGGCAAUGUUACCAAAUACUAAUUGAGUGUAUGUAAACUUCUGACCAACUGGGAAUGUGAAGAAAGAAAAAAAAGCUGAAAUAAAUCAUUUUCUCUACUAUUAUUCUGACAUUUCACAUUCUUAAAAUAAAGUGGUGAUCCUAACUGAACCAAGACAGGGAAUUUUUACUAGGAUUAAAUGUCAGGAAUUGUGAAAAACUGAGUUUAAAUGUAUUUGGCUAAGGUGUAUGUAAACCUCCGACUUCAACUGUAUGUAUUGCUAUGUCAGGUGUAGUGCUUAAACAUACCCUACGUACAGUAUGCCUUACUCCUUUAAAACAGUGUAUUUUCAACCCCUUUCCAUUAGCUAAUCAUAACACAGUCCAAACACCUUUGACCUGCUGACCUCUGACCUUUGUGUUGAGCAGGUGCACCCUAAGCGUGACCCUUGAUCAGGCCAUGAUCCUGGCGCGGAACCACGGUCUCAUGCCCCGCUGCAUCAUGCAGACCAUGGACAUCAUGCGCAAACAGGUGCCCUAACUACACCCUUUUUACACCCCUUGCAACAGAUCUAAGUUCUGGGUCGUAUUCAUUAGGGUACAUCGUAGCAAAACGUUUAGCAACGGAAACCAAAGAUUAGCGUUUCUUAUUGGACAAGUUCAGGUAGUCCCUCCCUUUUUCUGUCCGUGUUUUUCGGCUUGGUGCCUAAUGAAUAAAACCCACAUCUCUCUCUAUCCCCUUGCUAAUCUUUAAUGGCCAGUGGCUGAAAAAUGGAAACGGAAUAUGAAAGGAAGCAACUUCCACCUACUGUAUAACAUAGCAUUACUAAAAAGUACUUUACUGAAUUCUAAGACAUUCACUACAUACAGUACAUCAGGACAACGAUGCAGUGGGAUGGUUAAAUGUAGGUUGCACGUAGUCUUUCCCCGAUAGAUGUGGGUUGCUCUCAACCUAAAGACAUUAGGUAGAAAUAUACACAUUGGGUACACUGUCUGAUCAGCUGAUUUGGGUACAGUAGCUGCAACCUUGUGGGCACUUGUCCUCAGUCUAAAUAUGUAAACAUUGUCUAACCCUCUCUCUUCUCUGAUAGGGCACCAGGGUAGAGAUCUCAGCUAAAAACCUAAAAGUGAUGGACCAGAUGCCGCCCGCAGCCCCAAGGUAUAGACAAUAGGAAUGAGUUCACUCUUAAGCCUUGUUCACAUUGGCUGUUUGAACUGACUCGAAUCCCAAAAAAAUGUGCAUGUCCGAUUCAAAUCUAUUCGUUUUCCUGCAGUCUGAAAAGUCAAAAAGCACAUGGAAUCGGAAAUUUCAAGCCACAUUUCAAACCACCUUCUUAGGUGGUUUGAUGUCGGAUACAAAUCUGAUUCCUAGCCAUGCGAUUUGUGUGAAUGGUCAAAUCUGAUUUGUUAUUUGGCAUAUCUUAGCUUGCUAGCUACUCUGUUGACAGUUUGACAAGAACAUAUGGUAGCUAACUAACUUGUUAAUUGUUCACAAACAAAUUAGGGAAUGUGUUACAAAGCUAAAUAGUUACCUAGCUAGCGAAGUAACUGCUGUGGUUAGGCAAAAAGGACUUGUUUUGAAAGUUGGAUCAUCUGAUCCUUAGAGGCUUUAAAUGUGUUCUUACGCUUGACCAUUCAAAGCAACUAGGAAAACAUCCAUGUCAGGAAUUGUUGCCAAUCAGCCUACACCAUUACACACACAUCCAUCAUUACUAUGACAACUAGCGUAGCCAUGUCAGCAAAUGACUGCUGGUCACUUGUAACUUGCUGUUUGGACAGGCAGUAUUCCAAAACUAAUUUGAAAAACAAAAUUUAUUUGAGCAUUAAGGCCUGCAGUGUGAACAAGACGGCACAAAUAGAUCUGGAACCAGGCUACACAAAUAUCAGAUCUUAAAAUAAUGUUUAAAAAUGUUUACUUCCCACAGGCUCUUCAAGUUGUGUCUGCCACCUGAAGAUGGAGAUCUAUAAGAGACUAGGCAUCGCUGUGUUUUUAUUCCUGGUAGAUGUAUUUGUUUGUAUUGGCGAUAAAACGAGGCCUCAGUGACUAGAGGUCAUGGGUGAAUGGGGGCGAGGUAGGAUGGGAGACCCCGCUCCCCCCAACCCCGCCCCCAAUGGAACAUUCCAGCACAGACACAGCAAGAGUCUGGAUCCCACAGGGUCCGUGGUGUCCUGUAUAGCACGACAAUGCUCACAUGGGGCUAUUAUUAACUGGAUUAAUGCAAAACUACCUGUAGCAGACAUUCUUCUUCUUUAUUCACUUUGCCUUGGACUGCAAUGCCAGAGUUGUCUCUUUCUCCUUCAGGCAGAGUGUGUGGUAUCGCAGCUGGGAACAGGUUGCCAUGUCUGCGGUUUUCUAA